AUGGAUCAAUGCUGCCCCCCACCCCCCCUCUCCCUCCUCUGCGCCAUCCUCCUCUGCCUCCCCCUCGCCGUCAUCUUCACUUUCACCGCCCCCUCCGCCACCACCUCCGCCGCCGUUUCCGGCGGCGCCGCCACUUCCCCACUCCCCUUCACUAUACCACCCCCCUUCACCAACCACACCACUAAUACAAGCCAAGCAAGGAAAACACUUCCACACCCCAAAAUCAAGAAUCUCACCGCCGCCGCCGCCGCCACGGCGGCGGCGGCGGCGGCGGAUGAAGCCGAAGAUCAAAUACUACUCAACCUCGCUUCCCGGGUCGACCCGAGCCCGAGACCCGUCAAGAAGCUCGCAUUCAUGUUCCUCGCCACCACCUCCCUACCCCACGCGCCGCUGUGGGAGCAAUUCUUCUCACGCGCCGCCGCGGAGCGGUACAACAUAUACAUCCACGCCGCCGCCGACUUCGCGGUCCCCUCCGGCGGCGCGUUCGCGAACAGGACCGUCCCGUCGAGGCCCACGCGCCGCAACACCCCGACGCUGAUCGCCGCGGCGCGGAGGCUCCUCGCCCACGCGCUCCUCGACGACGGGGCGAACGCGGUGUUCGCCCUCCUCUCGCCUUCGUGUGUUCCCCUCCACUCCUUCGGCUACACGUAUCGGGUACUCACGAAGUCGCGGCGGAGCUUCGUCGAAAUUUUAUCGAACGAGCCCGGCGCGUGGGAGAGAUGGGCGGCGCGUGGGGAGCACGCGAUGCUGCCGGAGGUGGGGUUCGGCGAUUUCCGGAUUGGGUCCCAGUUCUGGGCGGUGAAGAGGAAGCAUGCGAGGGUGAUUGUCCGUGACAAGAGGCUUUGGGCGAAGUUCCAGGUGGCGUGCCUGCGCGACGACACGUGUUACCCGGAGGAGCACUACUUCCCUACGCUGCUGAGCAUGGUGGACCCGCGCGGGUGCACGCCCUGCACCCUCACGCACGUGGACUGGAGGGGGAGCAGAGGGGGGCAUCCGCGGACCUACGUGGCGGAUGAGGUGGGCCCCGAGCUGAUCAGGGCCCUCCGCAGGAGCAGGCCCAGGUACGGUGACGAGGAGGUCAGAUCGGACGGCUCUAAUUCGUCUGUGACGGUUGUGGCGGGUGACAGGCGGAGGAGGCACGAUCCGUUUCUGUUUGCGAGGAAGUUCUCGCCCGGUGCACUGCACCGGUUGCUGGAGAUUGCGAAUGAUGUUAUUUUUAAAGAUUGAUUUUUUUUUUUUUAAAUAAAAUUUUGUAAUGAUGAUAGUGAUGAAGUGUAGAAUAUAAAGUAUAGUGUGAAAUGAAAUUAAUAAAGCGAAAAGGCGGGAAAAACCCGUGCUUUUGUUUCCAA